ACAGAUACCUGGGGUGUCAGACCAGUGUCGUGCGAGGCUUCGUGGUGGUCACAGUACACUCACCCGAGUCUCCUAAGUCACUGUAUCCAAGAGUCCAAAGCUACGAUACAUUACUAUUUUUAUUCUUGUGACAUAAUUACCUGAAAUCUUUAUUGCUCUUGUAUUCAUUUGUUACUGGAGUGUCCCUAACGACGUCACCAUGGAGGCCUCACGAUCCAAGAUAACCCUGAAGGAGCUGUGUGGUGGCCUGCCCGUCAGCCCGCUGCCCCCACCGCGGAUCCGUGACCCUAGCAUCGCCCACGCUCCCGUCAGGACCCACACCCUCACCCCGAAGCAGAAAGAGCUGGCUCUGAGCAAUGCACUGCGUUACUUCCCUGACCGCUGCCACUCAAUCCUCGGCCCUGAGUUCGCGGAGGAGCUGCGGGUGUUGGGCCACAUCUACAUGUACCGCUUUCUUCCCGACAUUGAUAUGAGGGCCUACCCGAUCCACGAGUACCCGGCCAGGACCAGCAAGGCGGCGGCGGUGAUGCACAUGAUCAUGAACAACCUGGACCCCCGCGUGGCGCAGUAUCCGCAGGAGCUCGUCACCUACGGCGGGAACGGCAGUGUCUUCUCCAACUGGGCUCAGUUCUGGCUGGUGAUGCACUACUUGUCCAUCAUGACGGAAGAGCAAACGCUGGUGAUGUACUCCGGCCACCCCAUGGGACUCUUCCCCGCCGACCCCCGCUCCCCCAGGGUCAUCGUCACCAACGGCAUGGUCAUCCCUAACUACUCCACCAAGGCCAACUACGAUGAGAUGUUUGCCCUGGGAGUCACCAUAUACGGACAGAUGACAGCCGGCAGCUACUGUUACAUCGGUCCUCAAGGCAUUGUCCACGGAACUACGCUGACGGUGCUCAACGCAGGUCGAAAGUACUUAGGGCUGGAGAGUCUGGCGGGCCGCGUGCUGGUCACCUCUGGGCUGGGCGGCAUGAGCGGGGCGCAGGCCAAAGCGGCUGUCAUCUGCGGCUGCAUCGGCGUGGUGGCAGAGAUGAGUGAGGAGGCUCUGAUGAAGCGUCACGCCCAGGGAUGGCUGCAGGAAUACACCGACAACUUAGACGUCCUCAUUAAAAGAAUACGAGAGACGCGCGCCAAAAAGGAGGCAACCUCCAUCGGUUAUCUGGGUAACGUGGUGGACGUGUGGGAACGACUUGUGGCAGAGUAUGAGGCCACAGGAGAACUGCUUGUCGAACUUGGCUCCGACCAAACCUCGUGCCACAAUCCUUUCGGUGGAGGCUACUGCCCCGUGCAGCUCUCCUUCCAGGAGGCUGAAGAGAUGUUGGGAAAAGACCCCUGUCGGUUCAAGACUCUGGUGCAGGAGUCACUACGUCGGCAGAUCGCUGCCAUCAACAAGCUGGCGGACGCUGGCUUGUUCUUCUGGGACUACGGCAACGCCUUCCUGCUGGAGGCUCGUCGCGCGGGGGCUGAUGUCAGCAAAGCCGGGGCUGAGGAUCCUCUUACCUUCCGCUACCCCAGCUAUGUGCAGGACAUCAUGGGAGACAUCUUUUCCCUUGGGUUCGGGCCCUUCCGCUGGGUGUGCACCUCAGGGGACCCCGCCGACCUGCAGACCAGUGAUGAUAUUGCCUACAACGUCCUGGCCACCAUCUGCAGCGAAGAUCUCCCGAAGAACGUGCAGCAGCAGUACGCGGACAACAUGCGGUGGAUCAAGGAGGCGGGGAAGCACAAGAUGGUGGUGGGUAGCCAGGCCAGGAUUCUCUAUUCAGACCAGCGCGGGAGGGUCAAGAUCGCUCAGGCCUUCAACGAUGCUGUGCGAGUUGGCAAGAUCAAGGCCCCGGUGGUGCUGAGCCGCGACCACCACGACGUGAGCGGCACCGACUCGCCCUUCAGAGAGACCUCCAACGUGUAUGAUGGGUCAGCCUUCACCGCAGACAUGGCCAUCCAGAAUUUCGUUGGAGACGCUUUCCGAGGAGCAACCUGGGUGGCUCUGCACAACGGAGGCGGCGUUGGCUGGGGCGAGGUGAUGAACGGCGGGUUUGGCCUUGUGCUGGACGGCUCCGAGGACUCCCACUACCGCGCCACUCUCAUGCUCAACUGGGAUGUGUCCAAUGGCGUGGCGCGGAGGGCGUGGAGUGGCAACGAGAACGCCCAGGCCACCAUCGUGCGUUCCAUGGCCCAGGACCCCCGCCUCAAGAUCACCCUGGCCAACUCUGCCGACCCCGCUCUCGUGGCCCGCUCUCUCGGCAACGUCUGAGCGCCUGUCACGACUCACGAUGCUUCUGUCAUGUCAAGGGCUGAUCUUAUGCAUAAUCAAAUUUUUUUUUUUUUUUUUUAGUUUAUUUUUCACAAGGCUCAGUGACACAUUUAUUCAUGAGUUGUUACAAUACUGCCUCUUUUUUUUUUACUUGUGUAUUACUAGUAGUGUUGGUUUUCUAAUUGUUUUCAAGUUUUAAUUAAGGUUUGUUUGUUGGGGAGUUCUCAUAUGCAUUAAGGUUCAAGUUGAGUGGAGAGUAUUGCAUUUUUGUCGACUUAUGUAGUAUCUUUUUAAUUACUGUGUUAAGUGAUCCUAAUAUAUUCCUAACUAUUACUAUUAUUGAAUUAAAAUGCAUAAGCAAAUAUCC